AUGGAUCAGAAGGAGUGGUUUCCAUUUCUUCUAGCUUUUCUCAUAUCCUUGCCAUGGAAAAUUACUACUUCAGCUCUGCCUUCCGAGAAAUUUCUUCAUUGCCUUUCCCUUCGUUCUCAGAACUCUUCUUCCAUUGCAGAACUCGUUUUCACGCAACAAAAUUCUACAUAUUCCUUCGUUUUGAAGUCAACCGCUAAAAAUUCCAGGUUCACAACACCUUCUACUCCUACACCUCUGGCCAUUAUAACACCUAUGCAAGUAUCCCACGUCCAAGCAACAGUCUCUUGUUGCAGAAAACUCGGACUGCAACUCAGAUUUCGAAGCGGGGGUCAUGAUUUUGAGGGUCUUUCUUAUACUACAGCUUAUAAAGUUCCAUUUGUCGUGAUCGAUUUGGUGAAUCUUCGAUCGGUUCAGGUGAACGUCGAGAAAGCUACGGCGUGGGUUGAAUCCGGUGCGACCAUCGGUGAGUUGUACUAUGAAAUUGCUCGGAGAAGUAGAACUCUUGCCUUUCCGGCUGGCGUCGGCCACACCGUCGGUCUUGGUGGACAUUUAAGUGGAGGAGGCGAGGGUCUUUUGCUUCGAAAAUUCGGUCUCGCCGCGGAUAACGUAAUCGACGCUCGUUUAGUCGAUGUUGACGGGAGGAAUCUCGAUAGAAAAUCGAUGGGAGAAGAAUUGUUUUGGGCCAUUCGAGGAGGUGGAGGUGGUAGCUUUGGAAUAGUUCUUGCUUGGGAACUGAAAUUAGUCUCGGUUCCUGCUAAUCUCACCUCUUGUUCAGUCACCAAAACGUUAGAACAAAACGCAACCAAACUCGUUCAUCAAUGGCUGUCAAUCGGGCACAAACUUCCCAAAGAAGUACACAUGAACGUUAGAAUUUCAAGGAUCAGAACAAGUGAAGAUGAGAAGAAGAUGACAAUUCAAGCAAGUUUUGGUUCCGUGUUUCUUGGAAAAAUUGAUGAGUUUGUUCCACUGAUGGAAAACAAAUUCCCAGAACUUGACCUAACGAAAGAAGAUUGUUUGGAAUCGAGUUGGGCUGAAUCUAUUCUAUACUCAAACGGGUUCCCGGUCGGAAUACCAUUAGAAACCUUACUCGAUCGGAAUCGAAUUCCGGCCACGUUCUUCAAGGCGAAAUCCGACUCCGUAAAACAAUCCAUCCCUGCAACAGCAUUUGAAGGAUUGUGGCCAAAGUUCUUCGAGGAAGAAGCAAAAACCGCAAGUAUGACACUUACGGCUUAUGGAGGGAAAAUGGAUGAGAUUCCCGAGACUGAAACUCCAAAUCCACACAGGGCUGGUAAUCUCUACAACAUCAUAUACGUGGUGACAUGGGAACAAAAGGAAAAUAAAAAUCCAAAAAAGUUCAUGAGUUGGAUGAGGCGAGUUCACAGUUUCAUGACUCCAUUCGUCUCGAAAUCUCCACGAGAAGCGUAUGUUAAUUACAGAGAUCUUGAGAUCGGAGCUAAUGAAAUCGACAACGACGAGGACAGCUACGAACAAGCCAAGAUCUGGGGUGUUAAAUAUUUCAAGAACAAUUUCGACAGAUUAGUGCAUGUAAAGACCAUUGUUGAUCCUGGAAACUUCUUUAGGCAUGAACAAAGCAUCCCUCCGCUCUCACGUCUGUUGAAGAAGAGAGUAAACCGGAGCAGCCUUGAUAAGAAUUGAAGCUUGUAAGAUCAGAUACAUAUUUCUUUGCAAGUUUUCAUAUUAUUAAAUUUCCAAAUGGUUAGACAAUUAUUUGCAUU